UUGUGGAAGAAGGGGACUGUUGUGUUGUGGUCAACGUGAGCAAACUGCAUUAAAUUUUUGGAGUUUAAGUUAAUAUGGACAUCGCGGUACCAACUGUGGACAAUUCCGGGCAAAUUGUUAAAGACGAUUUGGCGGAAAAAUGUCAGAAAUUAUUCCAGGAUUUUUUGGAGGAAUUUCAGAACAGUGACGGAGAAGUGAAGUAUCUGCGCGAUGCUGAAGAGCUCAUCCGCCCGGAGAGGAACACUUUGCUGGUGAGCUUCACUGACCUGGAACAGUUCAACCAAGAACUCGCCACGAUCAUCCAGGAGGAGUUUUACAGGGUGUAUCCCUAUUUGUGUCGUGCUGUGCGCAAUUUUGCACGGGAUCAUGGGAAUGUCCCAAUCAGCAAGGAGUUCUAUGUGGCAAUCCAGGAUGUCCCAUCAAGACAUAAGAUCCGGGAGCUUACGACCUUGCGGAUCGGCAGCCUGGUGCGGAUCAGUGGUCAGGUGGUGCGGACCCACCCAGUGCACCCCGAGCUGGUGAGCGGCACUUUCCUGUGCCUGGACUGUCAGACACUGAUCCGCGACGUGGAGCAGCAGUUCAAGUACACCCAGCCCAGCAUCUGCAGGAACCCCGUCUGCAACAACCGCAGGCGCUUCAUGCUCGACACCAACAAGUCCAAGUUCAUCGACUUCCAGAAGGCCCGUGUCCAGGAGACGCAGGCGGAGCUGCCCCGAGGCUCCAUUCCCCGCAGUUUGGAGGUCGUUCUGCGGGCGGAGGCCGUGGAGUCCGCCCAGGCCGGCGACAAGUGCGACUUCGUGGGCUCCCUGAUUGUUGUGCCGGACGUCUCCCAGCUAGCUACCCCAGGGGUUCGGGCAGAGACCAGCUCUCGCACAGCUGGUUCUCAGGGCUACGAGAACGAGGGAGUGCGGGGGCUCAAAGCCCUGGGAGUCCGAGACCUGUCCUACAAGCUGGCCUUCCUAGCUUGUCAUGUGGCGCCCACAAACCCCAGGUUCGGAGGUAAAGAGAUCCGUGACCAGGAGCAGACCGCAGAAAGCAUUAAGAACCAGAUGUCGGUGAAGGAGUGGGAGAAGGUGUUUGAGAUGAGCCAGGACAAAAACCUCUACCACAACCUCUGCAGCAGCCUCUUCCCCACCAUCCACGGUAAUGAUGAGGUGAAGAGAGGAAUCCUCCUGAUGCUGUUUGGUGGUGUCCCCAAGACCACCAUGGAACGGACGUCACUUCGGGGAGACGUCAACGUGUGCAUUGUGGGAGACCCCAGUACUUCUAAGAGCCAGUUCCUCAAGCAUGUGGAGGAGUUCAGUCCGCGCGCGGUCUACACCAGCGGGAAAGCAUCUAGCGCAGCCGGUCUGACCGCCGCUGUGGUGAGGGACGAGGAGUCGCACGAGUUUGUCAUCGAGGCGGGAGCCCUCAUGCUGGCCGACAACGGUGUCUGCUGCAUAGAUGAGUUUGAUAAGAUGGAGAUGAAGGACCAGGUGGCCAUCCAUGAAGCCAUGGAGCAGCAGACCAUCUCCAUCACUAAAGCGGGGGUCAAGGCCACUUUGAACGCUCGCACCUCUAUAUUGGCUGCGGCCAACCCUGUGGGCGGGCGCUACGACCGGUCCAAGUCUCUCAAACAGAACGUCAACCUAAGUGCUCCCAUCAUGUCCAGAUUUGACCUCUUCUUCAUCCUGGUGGACGACUGCAAUGAGGUCACAGAUUACGCCAUUGCCAGACGUAUUGUAGACCUCCAUUCCAGAAUUGAAGAGUCGAUUGACAGGCUCUACACACUGGAAGAAAUUCGGAGAUACCUUCUCUUUGCCAGGCAGUUCAAACCAAAGAUUUCGAAGGAGUCGGAGGACUUCAUUGUGGAGCAGUACAAAAGGCUACGUCAGAGAGAUGGGUCAGGCGUCACCAAGUCAGCCUGGAGGAUCACCGUGCGGCAGCUGGAGAGCAUGAUCCGCCUGUCUGAGGGCAUGGCCCGAAUGCACUGCUGUGACGAGGUCCAACCGAAGCACGUGAAGGAAGCCUUCCGCUUGCUGAACAAGUCCAUCAUCCGUGUGGAGACGCCGGACGUCAACCUGGAACAAGAUGAUGAGCAUCAGCAAGAGGAGGAUGAAGCCAAUGAAAUGAAUGGGCACGAUAUACCCGAUGGCGUGAAUGGACACGUGAAUGGCGUGAACGGGCAUGCUGAGAAUGGAGAGGGCGCUGCAGCGCCCUCGCUGAGGCUUUCAUUUACGGAGUACCGCCGUAUCUCCAACCUCAUCGUCCUGCACCUUCGCAAGGCGGAGGAAGACGAUGACGAGGCUUCCCUGAAGAAAAGUGAAGUAAUAAACUGGUAUCUGAAGGAAAUUGAAUCUGAAAUAGACUCUGAGAUGGAGCUCAUUAACAAGAAGACCAUCAUUGAAAAGGUCAUCCACAGGCUGGUUUAUUAUGACCACAUUCUUAUCGAACUGACGCAGACUGGACUUAAGGGCUCUUCGGAGAAAACAGAUUCGGAGUCACAGGAAGAGGCAGUGGUUCUGGUUGUUAAUCCUAAUUAUACACUUGAAGACUAGACUGUUCCUCCCCAUCUCAUGAUAUGUUUGGAAUUUAAACCAUGAAACGUUAAAAUAUUGCCCAAUUGUGUAAAGGAUUUAGAAUCUUGAAGCAUGCUUUUUUUCAUUACUGCUGAUGGGUAUUGUAGGGUAAAGUGCUCUGAAUUUUAAGCAAAUGUUUUAUGCGGAAGCUGGUUAAACGCGCUUUGGUUUUUGGCAAAGCAUUCCUGUUUUUACCGUGUGAACAAUGGUUCUUUAUGAUUUUAUAUUUCUGGUUUCUUUUAAGGAAAUUCUUCUAAAAUUGUGUUUGAUAAUGAGGUUGUAGUUUUAAAAAUGUUAACUGCUUGUUCAUUUUUGUAUUGUAUACCUGACAUUUCACAUUUUUGUUUGUGAUAUUGUUCAGAAAGGUCAUAAAGAAGUAAUUCAUUGUUUGCAAUAAUAUUCCUUUGUCCUCUUCUGGAAGAAAUGAACCUGCCCUUCU